AUGACCGAUAUCGAAUAUAACUUGAGCGGUGAAGUUCCGCCUCCUGUACCUCCAAAGGACGACUUUCGUCCAAUGACCCCUCCAAAAGAUCUUCCAAGGAUAAAAUUUCAAACUUCUGAAUCAAUAGGUCCUUCUACAUCUAAAAUUUCAGGACUUGAGGAAACAAUUUCUGAAUCUUUAAAUAUGUCCUCAAACACUUUUCCGGGUGCAAAACGACAAAACAAAGUUUCUUCAACGCAUGCAAAUGUAGAUUCUAUAUUCGUUGAUCAAAAUGUUACUUUAAAUAACCAAUCUUCUGACCAUGAACCUCGUAAGGAACCCCUUCGCUCGAAUUCGAUGUUCACAAAAUUCUCCUGGUGGUUAAGUUGGGGAAGGUCAAAACCUAAAAAUCAAAAUAAUGAUACAUCAAUACAAUCCACGGAGGAAUCAGUAUCAACGACCAAUUUCCCAUCAUCAUCAUCCGCUCCGAUAAUUAUCCAAAAUACAUUUAGUUAUAGAAGAAAAACGGAAAGGAAGGAAAAUAGCAGUUCAACGGUUGUUGAGGAAACAACCUCAACCAAUAAUUUUUCGACUGUUCCAUCUUCAAAACCGUCACGUCGUAAAUCUAAUUUUGGUUCACUCAUUGAAAGGCUUACGAAACGAAAAUUUUCAUUUACAUUCGAACAGCGUAAAUCUCCCGAAACAACAAAGAAUAAAUCCACCGAACCAAUAAAUCUUACGAAUCCUACAGAAAUUAAUAAUAAUGACAUUGAUACAAAUAAUGAUCAAGUUAAGAAGGUUGAUAAUAAAUUAAAACAAAAAGAAUUUGUCGUGCAAGGACAAGAACUUACGGCUUCUUCUAACACCUUAUGCCAAGAUGAAUCUACGAUUUCGCAAUCAACGCAGUCAACUGCGGCCGAAACCGUGGAUUCACGUAAUGAUAAUAAUGAUCAUCUUGAGAAUAUGGACUUGAUUAAUAAUAUGGAUAUCGAUGUGGUUUCUCCUUUAAGACAUUCAGUUGCUAAAUCAUCCAAUUCUUCGGAACGUGCGGAUGAUGACACGAUUAAAGGGGUUUCUGGUACCAUUCGUCACAGCAGAAUCUUUGAUAUAUUUACAGCGAAAAAGGAUAAUUCUCGACGAAGUUCGAUCGCAACUCGAACGAGCCUUGUAAAUAUCAAUCAAAUGGCGAAUGGUAUUCCUCCACGUCACACCAGAAUAAAUUCUAAUAAUAUGAAGGAAUCCCAAUUUAAUUCUUCACCUCUAAGUUCGAAUUCAUAUAAGCCAUAUGAUAACGAUAAUAAUAAUUCUAAAAAUUCACAAAAACAAUCCGAAAUGGAAAAUAAGAAUAUAAUAACAUCAAAGGAUGAAAUGACAUCAGGAUUAGAUGAUAAGAUUAAGGUUGACAAAUCACCUUUACGUUUAUUUAAGAAAAAAUUUUAUCAAAGUCUUCGACCCACUCAAUCCAAUUCUGAAACCGAAAAUAACAAAAAACAUAAUGAAACUUCGGACGUAUAUCCAAUCGUUUCUUCCGUACUUGGCACAAACGAUAAUAAGGAAUAUGAGUCAAUCACAAAUGGUACCACCCUUCAAGAGAACCAUAACAAUUUUUAUGCUGAUCAAGUAGAAUCAGAGGAGAGUGACAGUGAUAAUGAGAAAGAUUUAGAUGAUAUGACAUUAGACGAUGGGGUAGAAGGAGAUGUUUCGGCUACUCAAUCACAAGCACCAGAGUCCAGUCUUUACACAGGAUCGGAAUAUGACGCCUCAUCUCACAAGAAACCAAUGUCCCGUAUGUCAUCAUUUUCCAAGUCUUUUAAUUCGGAAGAUCCUUCGGCAUUCAGCACAACAUUUUCCGAUUCACAACCAUCACAAUCUGAUGUAUCUAAAGUGGACUGGCCCAUGGAAUCGGCUUGGGAUGUCCUCCUGAAUAGUACGCCAACGACGACACAUGAAAGAAAAGGUCCGGCCAGAUUAAGUAAUAAUCGGUUAUCAUAUAUUCCCAAUCAUUUCUUUGAAGGACUUCAUAAUUUAAAGGAAUUAUACCUUGAUCGUAAUUCACUUCGAGAUUUACCCGAAGAACUUUUGAAAUUAACCAAAUUAGAGAUAUUGGAUUUAAGUAACAAUUGUAUAUCAGAGUUUCAUCCAAGGUUAAAAUUUAGAAGGAUGAAAAAUUUAAGGAGACUUAAUUUGGACAAUAAUGUAUUAUCGGAUGUGACGAGUAUAACCAAAUUGAAGACCCUAAGGGAAUUAAGAGCGAAUAACAAUUUGUUGGGUAGUAUAACAUCAGACAUUUCAAAAUUGGCUAAAUUAAGACUUUUAUAUUUAGACAGUAAUCAACUUACGAGCCUACCAGAUUCGAUUGGAAGGUUAAAAUCAUUAUGCGUAUUAAGAUUGAACAAUAAUAAUGUAGAAAGUUUACCGGAUGCCAUUUGUUCAUUACAUCAAUUACAAGUUUUAGAAUUGAGAUCGAAUUUGUUAAGUUCAUUACCCGAAAAUAUAAAAGAAUUAGAGAAUUUGGCAAAAUUGGACAUCUCCAAUAACAAACUUACAUCACUACCCAAUGAAUUGGUAAAAUGUCAUAGGUUAACACAUUUGAACGCUCAUAACAAUUCCCUUGAAUCGAUACCAGCAAAAUUUGGACAACUUUCGAGAUUAUUAACAUUAAAUUUACGUGAAAAUCGAAUAAUUAAUUUACCAGCAGACAUUGGAAAGUUAACAUCUUUAACCGAGUUGGAUCUAUCACAUAAUGAAUUGGUUUUUUUACCUGAAGAUUUAGGAAAGUUAACAAAACUUACAGAAAUUAAACUCAAUAAUAAUCCUUCAUUAUUGGCAAUUCCUAAUUCAUUUCAAAAACUCGCUCUUGUAAGAAAAGUUCAUUUGCAACAUUGUAGUUUAAGUCAAAUUCCAUUUGAAAUGGGAGUCGCUUAUAAUCAUCUCACUUAUGUUAAUUUAUCAUAUAAUCACUUUGACACCAUGCCCAACCUUCAAGGAAUGGAUCAUGUGAUAAGCUUUAAUAUCUCAAAUAAUCGUAUCACCGAUUUAACUGAACAGAUUGACCAAUUGGAUAUGUUGCGUGAAUUAUACGUCGUUAAUAAUAAAUUAACUCAUCUUCCAAAAACUAUUGGACGUCUCAAAAAACUUGAGAUCAUGGAUUUUUCAGAGAAUAUCUUGGUGGAUUUGCCAUUAUCAAUUGGUGAUUGUGUUUGUUUACGCGAAUUAAAGCUGAGGGGGAAUUCCAUAGAACAUUUACCGAUCACGUUAGGAAAAUUAACUGGUUUAAAUGUAUUUUAUGUUGGACAAUGGCCGUCAAACGGAUUUAGCGUAACACAAGAUGAUAACGAUAGGAAUCAAAAUCUAAAGAUUAGUUCUUAUCGACAUAAGAUUCCACAACACGUUGAAAGGAAUCUUUUAUGGAGGAUGCAUGAUUCCAUACUUAAAAGAAUACGGGAUAUCGAUAACGAUGGAUCUUCGGAAUUUUUACAAAGUCCUUCGAAUGAAUCGAAUAAUUCUCAACUAGAUGUCACCAUUCACACACCAUCUCCUACUCCAAGUCCUCCAAGGGAUGAUGUCAUAUUGAAAAUGGCCGUGCUAAAAGGUGUUUAUGAUCAAAUCAUGAGAGAUAUGCGCAAUAACGAUUAUGAUAAGGAAUCAAGUGGUGAUGACACAACUGAAUUUACCGGUGAGAUCGAGAAGAAGAAAAAAUUCGCUAAAUUCAAAUUUCUCAAAAUAGGUGAUAAACAAUAA